UUUAAAAUUUGUACUUCUUUUAUAAAUGUAGUAAAAAAAAAAUGCUGACCGUUGCACCACAGACCCAUGAAUAUCUUGUGAAUCAUUUUCUUCAAGAAAAGCAAAUUAAAUUGCAUUGAGAACGGAAUCUUUGCCCAUCCAAGAGGCUAGAUGCAGGAACUGAUAACAGCGGGGACAUUCCUGUCAUUUCCUACUCAUUUUCUCUUCCUCCUUUGGGUAAUUAUCAUCUACGAUCCUGCCCCUUGAAGACUCUCUUUACCUCCUUUUCACUCUUUCUGACCCUACCUAGUUUUCAAAAUCUCAUCAAUGCCCAUCCCAUCACUUCUAUCACAUCCCCCCCCUCUCUCUCUCUCUCUCUCACACACACACGAAAACCACCAACCCAAGAAGCUCAAAACAGCAAAAAGAGCACCCACGAAGCCUCCCCAACUCUUUCCAAAACCCCACCCCAUCCCCACCAGUCAAAGCUUCCAAUGCAGUCUCCUCAUCUCCCAUACCUACUCUCUCUCUGUCUCCUACUCCUACAACACAUCCCAUCACCCUCCACUUCCCUCUCUUCCACCCAUGAAAACAACCAGUCUCAAGAUCUCCAUUCCAUGGAUAUGGACAUCCACCCCCUUGAAAAGGACACCCUCUUCCACAUCAUGGAAACCAUGUCAUCUGACAGGAAAUGGAGACUCACCAAUCCAAAUCCAUGCAGCCCAGGCCCUUCAUGGCCUGGCAUUGAAUGCAAGCAAGGCAAUGACAACCACCUCCAUGUCUCAAGGCUGGAUUUUGGGACAUCACCCAACCCAACCUGCAAGAAAACAGCUACCUUCCCACCACAAAUCUUCAACCUCCCUUACCUCCAAUCUAUCUUCUUCUUUAACUGCUUCACCCACACCAAAACCAUCCUCUCAAUCCCACCCCACAAACCUAACUCUACUCUCACCCAGCUCAGCCUCAGAUCAAACCAGGCACUAUGGGGGCCCAUCCCACCCCAAAUCUCCACCCUACAAUCCCUACAAAUCCUUACCCUCUCACAAAACCGCCUUCAUGGGAAGAUACCUGAAGAAAUCUCUACACUCAUCUCUCUUUUGCACCUUGAUUUGAGCUACAAUUUCCUCACAGGAAGAAUCCCACCUCAGGUAGGAAACCUCAGGAACCUUGUAGGCCUUGAUUUCAGCUAUAAUUCUCUAACAGGCAGCAUCCCUGAAGGAAUUGGAGACAUGGGUCUUCUUCAGAAGCUUGAUUUGAGCUCAAAUUCGCUGACUGGUGGGGUUCCAGACAGCUUAGGGAAGCUCAGCUUCUUGGUGUUCAUGGCCCUGAGCAACAACAGGUUGAAGGGGAGAUUCCCUACAGGGCUGGAAAAGCUGCAGAACCUUCAGUAUUUCAUCAUGGAUGACAAUCCCAUGUUCACGCCAUUGCCUGCUGAGAUUGGGAGUUUGGUGAGAUUGCAGGAGCUGAGGCUUGCAAAUUCAGGGUAUUCUGGUGGAAUCCCAGCCAGCUUUUCCCAGCUUUUGAACCUCAGCACCCUGUCAUUGCAGAGCAACAGGCUGACUGGUGGGAUUCCUGAGGGGUUGAGCAGGCUAUCUCACAUAUACCAUUUGAAUCUGAGUAGGAAUCUACUCAGUGGUGUUGUGCCAUUUGAUGCUGGAUUCUUGAAGAGAUUGGGGAGAAAUAUGGAUUUGAGUGGGAAUCCAGGGCUGUGCUUGAAUGGGUCUGAAGGUUUUGAAGGUGUGAAAAUCGGCAUCGGUGUCUGCGGUAGUAACAGAACAGGGUCUGUAAUUCAUCCAUUGAAGAAGUCUGGAGCUCCACCUGGAGUCUGUAAUUUAUGCAAUUUGGUGGGGUUUUGGGGUGUUUGGGUGCUCUACAUGAGAUUUUUGUAGGUGGGUUUUUUGUUUUUUGUUUUUUUUCUAAUUUUCUGUUCUGUAGUUCCUUCUCUGACUGUGAUUCUUUUGUGGGUCUGUUUUGAAAGUAGCGAAAAUUGCAGAGAGAGAGAGAGAGAGAGAGAGAGAGAGAGAGAGGUCUAAAUUCCUGUAGCUUCUGUUGAGUGGGCUUCUCUUCUUUGAGAUUUGGAGGUUUUAGGGGUGAUUUUCACAGCUUUUGGGGGUUUGUUUUUCUCAGGGAUUUGAUUUUUAUUCAGAAGAAGAAAUAUAUAUAUAUGUAUUAGAAAUCGUGGUUGUAUAUUAAGAUAAGGAGGAUUUUAGCAGAAGUUGGUCUAUUGAGCUGAAAUCAGCCGCUACUAUUUGUAUAUUCCAUUUUCUUAGUUGAAGGUCA